AUGGCAAAACCAGCACCACCAAAAGAAGGCAGACCAUUGUGCAACGUUGAGCAUAUUGAAUUUGAGUCACGUGCCAACGACAUUAAAGCAGGUCUUAUCGAUACAUUUCUAAAUUUACAAAGAAUCGAUACCAACCUUUAUCUCGCACGCCAUUUGCUUAAAGGAAGACAUUCAUACAAUGCGGUGUAUGGAGGACAAGUUGUUGGGCAAUCACUUGCUGCCGCUGCAGCGACAGUUGAGGAUGAAUUCAUUCCCCAUUCACUUCACAGUUAUUUUAUAAAAACAGGUAGUGUGGAUAAGCCGAUUUUAUACAUGAUCGAUAGAAUCCGAGAUGGUCGCAGUUUUUGUACUCGUAUCGUAAAAGCAGUUCAAGAUGGAGAAGCAAUUUUCUCUUGUCAAAUAUCGUUUCACAAGACUGAGCCGGACGCAAUCAUUCACUCAACUACCAUGCCCAACGUUCCGCAACCUGAAGAUCUCUUGCCCGCACGAGAUGCCGCUAAAAAAGUUCUCGAAAUGGAUGGAUUAGAUAAUAUAACAAUUAAUACGAUUACGAAGGCAUUAAAAGAAAUUCCGGAAGCUUUCGAUCGUGUUUUUGAUGUGAGACCAGCUUAUCCAGAGAAGUAUCUCUUGAAAGAUGAAGCUGAGCCAUCAUCAUCAAUUUGGAUCAGAGCGAGAGAAGAUCUUGGUGAUGAUCACCGCCUUCAUCAAUGCGUUGCUGCAUAUUUGACCGACCUCAGUAUGUUGAAUACUGCAAUGCGUCCACAUGUCAGAAAAGGAUUUGUCGCUUCAAUGUCAUUCUCUUUGGAUCAUUGCGUGUGGAUUCAUGAGCAGAAAUUUCGUGUUGACGAAUGGAUGCUUUAUGAGACUGUCAGUUCGAAAGCAAGGGGAUCCCGCGCAUUCAUAGAAGGCCGUCUUUGGACUCGCGAUGGCCGUCUCGUCAUUUCCACGGCACAAGAAGCUUUAGUUCGAGCUCCAAAUGGAUUGAAAAUGCUCGCUGUGAGCAUGUCGCAUUGGUUUAUUAUUACCAUUUUUCUGGCUCUAGCCAAUUUCACUCAAGCAGCCAACAAUCGUUUGCUGGACUGCAAACCAAAAGAGGUUUUCGUUGAAAACUUUAUUAAGUAUGAAUGCCUGGAGGAGAACAAUGUCAAAGAACUUCGAGUUAUUGGAUGCGUCCCUACUAAUGAUAUGACUGGAGAAGUCUUGGAGUCUUGGCAAACCCACGAUGAGAGAUGGUUCAAAUACCACUGUGUUAUUGAUGGUGACACGGCAACAUAUGCCGUGAAAACUUGCCGUGAUCCAGUUGGUCAAGUUCUUCCAGUCGGUAAAAGUCGCAGCUUCGAUGAUGAAACGUUCACGUGUUUCCUUGAGGAUGGAAAAGUCAAGUUGAACCAUAAAACAAGUGUUGGAUGCUCUAUAGGUGAUAAAGUUUAUGGAGACGGAGCCAGUUGGACAGAGAAAAAAGAGGACAAAAUUGUGGUUGGCGGUGAGCAAAAGACUGUCGGACAUGGAGUUGCAUACUAUUGUAGAAAAUAUUCGAACGGAACAUUUAAAGUAGAAUUCGCCGCUUGCCUCACUACUGAAAACACAUAUAUCCGUCCCGAAGCUUUUGGAAAAGUCGACAACGAAAUUGUUAAAUGCGACAUUGUUAAUGGAGAAUGUAAACUAAGAGAAGCCAAAAUAACAGAACUUCGAUGCAAAAUUAAUAACGCUAUUUAUCGACAUGACGAGGAAUGGUCUUCUAGUGAUGGAAAAACUGCCUACAUUUGCCAAUAUGGAAUUGUCGUAAAAAAGGGAUGCCUUGUUUCUGGAACUCUUAUUCCCCUACAUUCAGUCAAAUAUGUGAAUGGUGAAGCCUAUUACUGUUACGAAGAAACUAGACUCGUUUCAUUUGGAAAUAUCAAGGGAUGUAAAACUGCAAACGGCGAUAUUCUGGAAUUUGAAAAAACUAUGAGAAAUGGAAAUCGCGUGGAAAAGUGCGGAUUCAAAUUUGGCGAAAAUGGUGCAAUUGAGUAUACUUGGACACAAGUUGGUUGUGCAUACGAAAAAGAGCAAAUCACAAUCAACGCAAUACAACAAGUAGGAAAUGAAUAUGUUCAUUGUGCAUUAAACGGCACCAACGCUUUCGUUGCGAAAGUCAUGACGAGAGUAGAAGUUGAACAAUGGUUGAAUAAAGUUGGAAAGCAAUGGUCGCACGUUUUACAAGGAAAUGAGGGAACAGGUCAUGGUGUAAAGCGUGAAAUACCGACCACUCCAGCUCCAACUACCAAAAAGACCCCAACAACAACUUUCGCGCCAGUCACCACACAAAAAACAAAGACGACUACUCCAAAACCAGUGUUAACGACAGUAAAACCAAUCACAACACCAGCCCCAAUCAAAUCUUCUUGUAACGAUCUUCUACACGAGUGCGAAGAUCUAGAAAUUUAUUGUCACGAUGAUGAAAAACACAUCGAAGAUCUCAAAGAAAUUAUUAGGAAAUCUUCGGUAAAUGUGAAGAAACGUCAAAAAUCUCUCGAAUACCUCAAUCUUAUUACAAUGUCUUCUCAUUUGGAUAGCAAACAUGAACACAAAGAAGAUGAACAGAACUGCAAAGAUUGCCGAAAAUGUCAUCACAAAGAAAUUGAGAGAUGCCGCUGCGAGGAUCAGAAAGCUUUUUCGGUAAAGCUUGUUCGAUCAUUAUGUCCAAAGACGUGUGAAGCAUGUGGAGAAAAACACACAUCGGUUGCCAAAAUUCUUCGUAAAUCCACAGCAGAAAAGUGCCACAAAUCCGAAUGCUAUAAAUCAGAAUACAAUAGACAUUGGUAA